CAAGGAGAAGUCAGAAAUCUCAUUUCUUCUCGGUGUAGUGAGGCAACAAGUUUUGGAUGCAGCUCAGUUAAUAAUACAAAAUGCAUUCUAUUAUUUUCUGCGCCAUUGGGCUAUUGAUUGCCGUUACAGGUGUUGUUAGUGUUGAGAGAGAGUCAGUAUCAGUGUAUGAUGGAGAUUCUGUUACUCUACUCACUGAUACUAAAAUACAGAGAGAUGAAACGAUAGACUGGAGGUUUGGAGAUCAACAGGAUCUCAUCGCUAGAAUCAGGGCCACUUCACUCAAAAUAUAUGAUGAUGUUCUUGAUGGGAGAUUUACAGACAGACUGAAGCUGAACACUGAGACUGGAGAUCUCACCAUCACAGACAUCACAACUCAACACACUGGAGAUUAUAAGCUAGAGAUCAACAGCAGAAUCAGUACAACAAAGACAUUCAACAUUAAUGUGUCUGGUGAUAAAGUUAAGACAGAGAUGAUUGGAGAUUCUGUCAUUUUAUUUAAUAAUGUUAUCAAGAAUCCAGGAGAUGAGAAGAUGAUGUGGAGGAUUCAACACAAAAACUCUCCUUUUGCUGAAAUAAUCAGAAAUGGAAUAACUUAUAAAGUUUAUGAUGGGAGAUUCAGUGGCAGACUGCAAGUAGAUGAUCAGACUGGAGAUCUCAUCAUCACAAACAUCAGACCUGAAGACUUUGGAUCUUAUGAAGUAGAUAUCACUGUCGGCAGCAUAUAUACUAUACACAGAUCAUUUAGUGUCAAUGUCAAAGGGCCAGGUCUGUCUCCAGGUGCUGUAGCAGGAAUAUCUGUUGUCACCCUCCUGCUUAUUACUGCUGUUGCGUUUUACUUUCACCGCAAGAUCAGUAAAACAAUAAAAUUGGAUGAAAAGAUGACAGUGGUGGCAGGACAGCGUGCUGUUCUACAGGCUGGUCUGAAAGAACUAAAGGAAGGUGAUGAGAUUGAAUGGAGAUUUGGACAAGAUACAGAGAUGAAAGAUGCUGUGAUAAUGUGGCCAUGGAGAUCUCCAGGUACUCUCAUAGCUAAACGUGAUGAAGGAGGCCCUGACACUUAUAAUGGUCCUGAUGAGAGAUUCAAGUACAAACUGAGUCUGGAUCGUAAUACUGGAGAUCUCAUCAUCAAUGAUGUCAGUAAUAAACACUUUGGAGUUUAUCAACUAAAAAUCACCAGUAGUGGAAAAACCUCAUACAAGAGAUUAAAAGUCUUUGUCACAGAGAAAAUGGAGCCAGACUCAGUGUUUGAGGGGGCAUCUGUCACAUCUUCCAGAGGAAAAGAUUUGGUGAGAAAGAGAGGAAAUUCAGAGGAGCUUGAGAUUCAGCUGUUCUUGCUUUAAAGCACUUCCAGAGUAGAAGAUCCAGUGGAGAUAGUUUACAACAAAGACAUAUCUAUCCCACUCUAUUGCUGCGAGCUCCCAGAUUUCAACCAGAAAACGGCAAGCCCCACAAUCAUUAAAGCCAGGUUUGAGAGGAGAGGAGCCUAAACAUUCAGGUCUGUCAAUCAUCAUCAUCAUGGGCGUAUAUAAGGCAGCCUUCCGGCCUCCGGGUCCAGCUGCAGUUUUUCCAGCAUUCCUCCUCCCCAUCUCCUCCUUCACUGCUCUCUUUCUUCCUCUGUGCAUUUCUGUUGCAAGGGGGGGUUGAACUUGGGGCUCAGGUUCGCUCUCUCUGAAGAUUCAGAGCUCAGUUGCAGAGCUCCCUUCGAGGACAGCAAGCCAAGUUUUUUUACCAUUAUUCAUUAAGAUCUGAAUGUGCAGGCGAACUAUUGAAUACUAAUUUGAUCAAAUAUUUAAAGAAAAAGCAGGAACCCAGUGUGCCUUUAUCUUUCUCUCUUUCUAUGUGAAAUUGCAUUGCAACCAACAAAGUUGCUAACUUAGUUAGCAAUGAUGCAUUUGGGAAACACACCUCAGAUUGAUCUACAAUCAGAAACUCUUAUCUUUAUUUAAACAUAAAUGUCAGAUUUCAUAUUUUACACAGACAUUGUCUAAUAAAGCAAUA